AUGCAUCGAAAACAAGAAAACCAUGACAUAGAGAUCAACGGUUACUACUUACCUAUGGAUGACACCACGCAAUUCCACCCGCUGAAACGAGCCACACCAACAAGCACCCUCUCUUUAAUACGGAGAUUAUCGUCGGCCUGGGAGUUAUGUCACAUUGACAAAGUAUUGGCUAAGCAAAGCUCACAACAAGUUUUAAGCAAUAUAUUGCGUCUUAAAGCCUCUAUUGAUACUGUCAGAUGGUUAACGUUUCAAGCUUGUGCUUUUAGGGGACAUGACGAGAGUCAUGAGUCUCAGAAUCAAGAAAAUUUUUUUGAAAUGUUAAAAUUAUUAGCUUCUUACAAUAAAGAAGUGGAUGCAGUUGUCUUGGAGAAUGCUCCUCAAAAUGCAAUAUACACAUCACCUUCUAUUCAAAAGGAAAUUCUACAUGUUUUUGCUAGAAAGGUGCAAAAUGAAAUUCGCAAUGAGAUUGGUAAUGCAAAGUUUUGUUUGAUUGUUGAUGAAGCUAGAGAUGAAUCUAAAAGAGAACAAAUGGCACUUGUUGUUAGAUUUAUUGAUAAGCAUGAAUUUGUCAAAGAAAGGCUAAUAGAUGUUGUUCAUGUCAAAGAUACUACUUCUGCUACUCUAAAAGAAGAGAUUUGUUCUGCAUUAUCUCAUCACAAUCUCAACAUUCAAAAUGUUCGAGGUCAAGGGUAUGAUGGGGCUAGUAAUAUGCGUGGAGUGGAAAGAGUUACAAGCUUUAAUUAUUCAAGAAUGUCCUUAUGCAUAUUAUGUUCAUUGCUUUGCUCAUCAAUUACAGCUAGCUCUUGUUGCUGCGGCUAAAGAAGUUGUUGAUGUUCAUGCUUUUUUCCAAAGUUUGAGUAAUAUUAUCAAUGUUGUGUGCUCUUCUUGCAAACGCAAUGAUGAAUUACAAUAUGCUUAUGCAACUGAAAUUUUUCAUUUAGUUGCAACUAAUCAAAUUGAAACAGGAAGGGGA